GUCUUGAAAGCCGAGGAAGGCACUCGCUUUCCAGCUGACGUUAACAGUCUAAGACAGACAGCUAGCUAGCUAAUCACUUUAGUAACCAAAACUACCUUGAAAUUUGGAGAACGAGUUUUCCUAAUUUUGUGUAAAAAAAAAAAAAAAAAGUUUAGCUAGCUAGCUGUCAUAAGUUCUUCGCUUUGUAAAAUGGUUGUGUUGACUAAUAACAAUAGCAACAACGAAGAACAAGAUUAUAUAUGUCUCCCUGCCCUGAUUGAAGAGCGCCACAACUCAUCACCUGGCUCACCAGCCAAACGUGUGUCUCCUGCCAAGAGGAAGCAGUUCUUUAUCAACCAGGCCAUACGCAACUCUGACCUCACACCCAGAGCCAAAGGCAGGAAGAGCCAGAGACGACAGGAGAACACUCGUUACCUGGCCAACCUGCUGGAGAGAGAUGAGUGCUCCAAAGAUGAAGGUGAAAUGUGUGGGGACCCAGCCUCACCGUCCAUUUUCACAGAGGCAUGUAACAAUGGAAACUAUGUGCAGUCCUGGAACGACUUCAUGAAUCGCUCCGGUGAAGAGCAAGAAAAACUUCUGGCUCUUCUGGAAGAGGAGGCCAAGAGGAGCGGCACUGCGAAGCUCCCCAAAGACCAGAGAGAGGUGGACCUGGCCUACAGUGCUCAGGACUACUUUCAAAGGAUUGACCGAAGGCUGCGAGCCACACUGAAGCGCAAACAGAUUCCCCUUGGGACAUUGGAAGUCCUGGAGGAGGAUCUGCUGCGUUUUUUCGCAGCUCAGCCCCACUCUGUUUACACCACUAGGCUUGGCAGCAGCUUUGAGAGACUGCUGCUUCAUGCUGUCUGCCAGUAUAUGGAUCUAGUUUCAGCAAGUUCUGACUGCAAUGGUGCUCGUCAAACCGAGGUGGUGAACAAGCAAGAUGAAUUCCUGCCCCCGAGUCCGCUGCUGUCAGCCUACCUGGAGCAGUUGUUAUAAGGGGGGGGUAGUGGAGUGCAGCCUGUACUUACAUAGCCAGUACAACUUCGUUAAGCAGCUUUAGAGUGAAGAUAGGAGGUUUGCCUGUUGUGAAUGUACUGUAUGUUGUGCACUUGGAUGCCAUGCCAGAAAAAUGUAAUGGAGACAGGCUUGAGAGUGUGUCUCACAAAAUACAUAAAGCUUCAGGUUGUUCAUCCUGCCUAAAACUUA